AUGCAUCCUGCCAUUUAUGAAUUCGGAGUGAAGUAUUUGGCUGGGGAAAUAUCUGGGGGUAAUGCUCGCUGUAUUGCAAUGCUUAGAGCGUUUCAGGGAGCCAUUAGAGACUACUCGACACCAACAGACAAAAAUCUUGUCCAAGACUUGCCUGCAAAAAUUGGUAGCUAUGUCUCAUUUUUAACUCGGUGCAAGCCACUCUCUAUUAGAAUGGGAAAUGCAAUUAGGUUUCUAAAGAGUCAUCUUUCCCAAGUGAUGGGGAUAAGCCUUUCCGAGUCCGAAACAAAGUUCACACUCUGUCAAGAAAUUGACUGUUUUAUAAAUGAUAAGAUCAUUUUUGCUGAUAAGGUGAUAGCUAGUCAUGCUCCUACAAAUAUUAGGGAUGGGGAUGUUCUUCUCACAUAUGGAUAUUCAAAUGUCGUUGAGAUGACCCUUUUACAUGGACAUGAACUUGGGAAACAGUUUCGUGUUGUGAUAGUAGAGUCACGCGCCCCUCAGCAGGAAGGCCAAUUGCUUCCUAGACUGCAGGCAAAAGGCCACUGCACAAACGCCCUGUUUACUAUCAUGAGUCAGGUAACAAGAGUAUUUCUGGGAGCUGCCUCUGUGUGUUCUAAUGGAACGGUGUAUUCAGUAGUUGGAACAACAUGUGUCGCUAUGGUUGCAAAUGCAUUUUGCGUUCCAGUCUUUAUCUGCUGUGAAUCUUAUAAGUUUCAUGAAAGGGCACUUUCAAUUUGCUCUAACAAACUAGGUGAUCCAAAUGAUAUUGCAAAGGUUUCUAGAAGUGAUCUGAACUUAAAGUAUGAUGCUACUCCAUCAGAUUACAUAUCUAUGAUUGUAACAGAUUAUGGCAUGGUUCUACCAACAAGCAUGCCUGCGAUUGUGGGAUAUCGCAGAGAGCACUUGUGA